AACUCGAUACACACCUCGAAGCGGAGAUUCAUUUGGCACGCGCUUGAAGACUCGACAUGCCGUAUGAUUCAAAGACUCGGAUUCAUCUGACCGGCUCUCCGGAUGUUCCUGUGAGAGAGAGAGAGCUUCCUUCCCCGGCGCUGUGUGGAACAUCACUAAAGAUGUACCACUGCUCAGAUUGUGGGAAGAGUUUUGCUCAUCAGAGUACUCUCCAACAGCAUGAGCGUAUCCACACAGGAGAGAAGCUGUUUCAUUGUGGACAGUGUGGGAAGAGUUUUACUCGUCACAAUCAUCUUCAAGGGCAUGAGCGUAUUCACACAGGAGAGAAGCCAUAUCAUUGUGGACAGUGUGGGAAGAGUUUUACUUGUCAGGGUACCCUCCAAAGGCACAAGCGUAUCCACACAGGGGAGAAGCCGUAUCACUGUGAACAAUGUGGGAAGAGUUUUACUUGUCGGGGUACCCUCCAAAGGCACAAGCGUAUCCACACAGGGGAGAAGCCGUAUCACUGUGAACAAUGUGGGAAGAGUUUUACUUGUCAGAGUACCCUAAAACAGCACAAGCAUAUCCACACAGGAGAGAAGCCAUAUCACUGUGGACAGUGUGGGAAGAGUUUUACUUGUCAGAGUACCCUAAAACAGCACAAGCAUAUCCACACAGGAGAGAAGCCGUAUCACUGUGGGCAGUGUGGGAAGAGUUUUACUUAUCAGAGUAAUUUACAAAGGCACGAGCGUAUACACACAGGAGAGAAGCCGCAUCACUGUGGACAGUGUGGACAGAGUUUUACUUGUCAGAGUACUCUCCAACGGCAUGAGCGUAUCCACACAGGAGUGAAGCCGUAUCAUUGUGGACAGUGUGGGAAGAGUUUUACUCGUCACAGUCAUCUUCAAGGGCAUGAGCGUAUUCACACAGGAGAGAAGCCGUAUCAUUGUGGACAGUGUGGGAAGAGUUUUAAUCAAAGUUUUACUAGUGGGAGUAGUCUGCAACGACACAAGCUUAUCCACACAGGAGAGAAGCCGUAUCACUGUGAACAAUGUGGGAAGAGUUUUACUUGUCAGAGUACCCUACAACAGCACAAGCAUAUCCACACAGGAGAGAAGCCUUACCACUGUGGACAGUGUGGGAAAAGUUUUAAUCGAGAGAGUAGUCUCCAACAGCAUGAACGUAUCCACACAGGAGUGAAACCAUAUCACUGUGGACAGUGUGGGAAGAGUUUUACUUAUCAGAGCAAUCUCCAACAGCACAAGCGCAUUCACACAGGAGAGAAGCCGUAUUGUUGUGGACAGUGUGGGAAGAGUUUUAAUCAACAGGGACAUCUCCAACAGCAUGAGCGUAUCCACACAGGAGAAAAGCCGUAUCACUGUGGACAGUGUGGGAAGAGUUUUACUUAUCGUAGUAGUCUCAAACAGCAUGAGCGCAUUCACACAGGAGAGAAACCGUAUCACUGUGGACAGUGUGGGAAGAAUUUUACGUUUUGGAGUAAUCUCCGACAGCACGUGCGGAUCCACACAGGAGAAAAACCGUAUAACUGUGGACAGUGUGGGAAGAGUUUUACUUGUCAGAAUCAUCUCCAACAGCACGAGCGGCUCCACACAGGAGAGAAGCCAUAUCACUGUGGACAGUGUGGGAAGAGUUUUACUCAGCAGGGACAUCUCCAACAACAUGAGCGCAUUCACACAGGAGAGAAACCAUAUUACUGUGGACAGUGUGGGAAGAGUUUUAGUUUUUGGAGUAGUUUGCAAAGGCACGAGUGGAUCCACACAGGAGUGAAGCCGUAUUAUUGUUCACAGUGUGGGAAGAAUUUUGUUCAUGAGAGUACUCUCCAACGGCACGAGCGGAUCCACACCGGUGAGAAGCCAUAUUGCUGUGGACAAUGUGGGAAGAGUUUUACUCAGCGGAGUCAUUUGCAACAGCACCGGCGUAUCCAUACAGGAGAGAAACCGUACCGCUGCUCAGAUUGUGGGAAGAGUUUUACUCGUGACAGUCAUCUCCAACGACACAAGCGCACCCACACAGGAGAGAAGCCGCAUCACUGUGAACAGUGUGGGAAAAGUUUUAGCCAGCAGAGUAGUCUCCAACAGCACGAGCGGAUUCACACAGGAGAGAAGCCGUAUCGCUGUGGACAGUGUGGGAAGAGUUUUAGUCAGCGGGUUAAUCUCCAACAGCAUGAGCGUAUCCACACAGGAGAGAAGGGGUAUCACUGUGGACAGUGUGGGAAGAGUUUUACUUGCCGGACUACUCUCCAACAGCACGAGCGGAUCCACACAGGCGAGAAGCCGUAUCACUGUGGGCAGUGUGGGAAGAGUUUUACUUAUCGGACUACUCUCCAACAGCACGAGCACAUCCACACAGGAGAGACGCCGUAUUAUUGCUCACAAUGUGGGAAGAGUUUUAAUCGAGGUACUAAUCUCCAACGGCAUGCACGUAUCCACACAGGAGAGAAGCCGUAUUAUUGCUCACAAUGUGGGAAGAGUUUUAAUCGAAGUUGUCAUCUCCAACAGCAUGCACGCACCCACACCGGAGUGAAGCCGUAUUAUUGCUCACAAUGUGGGAAGAGUUUUGUUCAUGAGCGUACUCUCCAACACCACAAGCGUAUCCACGCAGGAGAGAAACCAUAUCGCUGUGGACAGUGUGGGAAGAGUUUUACUUGUCAGGGUACUCUCCAAUGGCAUAAGCGGAUCCACACAGGAGAGCGGCCAUAUUACUGCUCACAGUGUGGGAAGAGUUUUAUACAAAAGAGUAGUCUGCAACAGCAUGAGCGCAUUCACACAGGAGAGAAGCCGUAUCGCUGUGGACAGUGUGGGAAGAGUUUUACUUGUCAGGGUACCCUCCAACGGCACAAGCGGACCCACACAGGAGAGAAGCCGUAUCACUGUGGACAGUGUGGGAAGAGUUUUACUUAUCAGAGUACCCUAAAACAGCACAAGUAUAUCCACACAGGAGAGAAGCAGUUUCACUGCUCACAAUGUGGGAAGAGUUUUACUCGAGGUAGUAAUCUCCAACAGCAUGCGCGCAUCCACACAGGAGUGAAGCCAUAUUAUUGCUCACAAUGUGGGAAGAGUUUUGUUCAGGAGAGUACCCUAAAACAGCACAAGCGUAUCCAUACUGGAGAGAAACCGUUUCACUGCUCACAGUGUGGGAAGAGCUUUACUCGAGGGAGUACUCUCCAACAGCACAAGCGGAUCCACACAGGAGUGAAGCCCUUUUGCUGUGAACAGUGUGGGAAGAGUUUUAUUUAUCAGAGCAGUCUCCAACGGCACCAGCGAGUUCACACAGGAGAGAGACCAUAUUGCUGUGAACAGUGUGGGAAGAGUUUUACUCAUCACAGUCAUCUCCAACAGCACGAGAGCGUUCACACAGGAGAGAAACCGUAUCACUGUGAACAGUGUGGGAAGAGUUUUACUUAUUGGAGUAGUUUCCAAUGGCACAAGCGCAGUCACACAGGAGAGAAACCGUAUCACUGUGGGCAGUGUGGGAAGAGUUUUACUUAUCGGAGUCAUCUCCAAAAGCACGAGCGCGUUCACACAGGAGAGAGACCAUAUUGCUGUGAACAGUGUGGGAAGAGUUUUACUCGUCACGGUCAUCUCCAAGAGCACAAGCGCAUUCACACAGGAGAGAAACCGCAUCACUGUGAACAGUGUGGGAAGAGUUUUACUCGUCACGGUCAUCUCCAACAGCACGAGCGUGUUCACACAGGAGAGAAACCGUAUCACUGUGGACAGUGUGGGAAAAGUUUUGCCUGUCAGAGUCAUCUCCAACAGCACGAGCGCGUUCACACAGGAGAGAAACCGUAUCACUGUGAACAGUGUGGGAAGAGUUUUACUUAUUGGAGUAGUUUCCAACGGCACAAGCGCAGUCACACAGGAGAGAAACCGUAUCACUGUGGGCAGUGUGGGAAGAGUUUUACUUAUUGGAGUCGUCUCCAAGGGCAUGAGCGCAUUCACACAGGAGAGAAGCCGUAUCACUGUGGGCAGUGUGGGAAGAGUUUUACUUGUCAGAGUGAUGUCCAACAGCACAUGCGCACACAUACAGGAGAGAAGCCGUAUCACUGUGGACAGUGUGGGAAGAGCUUUAAACAAGGUAGUCAUCUCCAACGGCAUGCACGUAUCCACGCAGGAGUGAAGCCGUAUUGCUGCUCACAAUGUGGGAAGAGUUUUACUCAUAAAAGUAGUUUCCAACGGCAUGAGCGGAGCCACACAGGAGAGAAACCAUAUUGCUGUGGGCAGUGUGGAAAGAGUUUUACUCAACAGGGUAAUCUCCAUCAGCAUCAGCGCAUUCACACAGGAGAGAAACCGUAUCACUGUGGACAGUGUGGGAAGAGUUUUACUUGUCAGAGUAGCCUCCAACGGCACAAGCGUAUCCACACAGGAGAAAAGCUGUAG